AUGGUUAACAACAGUCACACAGCCCGACAGCUGGAUUGGGAUCCUGAGUAUGCCGAAUGGCGGCGACCCUUCGGCGACAUGACCCGUGUGCCGGUGUACAAUACGGUCCUAGAGUUUCGCCAUUUCAGUGACACCAUGCUGCGCGCCGUGUGGUCUCAGCUACCAGAGCAGCCUACGAUCCAGCGGACGGUGCAUAAAGUAGCCUCGCAUGACGGCGUGGAGAUUGAUAUCACCCGCUUUGCAACGGCUGAGCAGACGGCGAGCCAGGACCCUCUGCCCGCAUGGUUGUAUUUCCACGGCGGUGGCAUGGUGGCUGCGAGUGUCGAUAUUUUCGCACCGCAAAUCGCCAAGCUGGCUGCGGACUCAGGUGUGCAGCUCUUCGGUGUCGAGUACCGUCUCGCGCCGGAGCAUCCAGACCCGACGCCAGUCGAAGACUGCUAUGCAGCAUUGAAAUGGAUCUCUGAAAACGCAGCCGAGCUGAAAGUUGACCCCAAAAGGCUCGGGCUCAUGGGCGACAGCGCCGGCGGUGGACUAGCAGCAGGAACCUCGCUCUUGGCCCGAGAUCGAGGACUCAACCCGCCCUUGGCUCGACAGAUCCUGAUCUACCCGAUGCUGGAUGACCGAUCACUCCUAGCCAUGACGCCUCAAAGCGCACUAGCAUCUUUUGCUACAGUUCCUUACGAAAGCCUCGUGCUAUGCUGGGAGGCGUACGUGGGAAAGGACAAAGCAGGGAAGGCCGAUGCGCAAGUGAGCCCAUACGCCGCUCCCAGUCGCGCAACGGACCUCAGUGACUUGCCCGCUACCUAUAUUGACGUUGGAAACCUGGACUUGUUUCGGGACGAGUGUGCCAUGUUUGCCGCGAGAUUGGCAGCUGCCGAUGUGGAUGUCGAGUUUCACAUGUUCAGUGGUGUGCCCCACGGAUUCGAAAGUGCUGCCAACAUCGGCAUCACGAAAAGAGCAUAUGUGGGAAGAUUGAAGGCUAUGACAAGUCUAUAA